AUGAGCGGCACGGCGGAGGCUGCGGCACCGAGUAGGCGCAUGCCGCCAUGGCUGUUGACGCCCGGUGGCCCGAAGGAGCCAAACUCCGCCGAGUUUCGCGCCAGGAUGGCGGCUCUCGCGGAAGAGAAGCGGGCCCUGCUCACGGAGGUGAAGCAGCUGCGCGCGUCGCUCGGGACCCGCGAGGGACGCGAGACGACGGACAAUGAGCUCGCCGAGCUGCGUCAGCGCAUGGGCGACAUUGACACUCAGCGUAAGGCGGAACAGGAGAUGCGGUUUAAAAAGAAUGAGGAGAUCCAGCGGGUUCAGAAGUUGCACGACGAGCGCCAGAGCCGCCUUCGCGAGCUAUCCGAGGAUUUGGGCGGGUUCACGACACUGAAGGAGAUCGACGACGCGAUUGCGCUUAUAACCCGCAAGAUGGAGACACGCGGAGGUGGGCUGGCCGCAGAGAAGCGCACAGUGCGGCAGUUGAGCAAGUUGGAGGAAGCGAAGCGGUACCUGGUGGAGCUUCAGCCGCUUACAGAAGCCAUCACAGAGGCGAAGCACCGCGAGGCCAUGCUGCAGCGUGAGUGGCAAGAAAUUAAUGAACGCAUCCGCAACCUCAGGUCCGAAUACAACGAGCAGCGGGCAACGAAGCAGCAGAAGGAGCAGGAGAUUCGAGGCACCGGGGUGAACCGGGCGGAGGUUUACAAGAAGUGUGAAGAGAUUAGCAGCAAGAUUAACAAGCUAAGCGAGGAAAUGAAUCGUCUGCGUGAAGAACAUAACAAGGCUAUGGAGGCAUGGAACGCAUGGAAGGAGGAGGCGCGGGCCAAGUAUCUUGUAAAGAUGGAGGAGGAGCGAAAAGAGCGGCAUCGGCGCUACCUCGAGCGCAAAAAUGCUGCAAAGUUUGAGGAGAAGCGGUCUCGCGCGCUCCGCCGUCAGAACCCGUACGAGGUGGAGAUUGAUGCAUGUAAAACGUUGGUGCGCUACCUACAGGAGCACAAGGUAAUGGUGAAGCGGGAGGAGGAAGAGCUGGCCCGCAAGCAAGCCGCCGCUGCGUUUGACCCCUCCAAAUUUCUUCCAGAAGGCGCUGUUCUGCUGAACGACGGCAAAAGAAUCUCGGCCCCGCAGAAAGGCGCCCCUGGAGGCAAAAAUAAAAUGCAGCGUGCCCAGAAAUCGAAGCCGGAGAAGGCCCCAGCAAAGCCUCGCGUAUUGCAGCACCCGGAGGACAAGUGCCAUCUCUUUCAUCUCGUUAAUGAGGAGCCACCAACAGCUUUGGCUGCCAUAGAUACCGCCGUGGAGAAGCUUCGCGCCAAGCAGAAGGAGUACGAGAGCCACAUCAAGACCGGCGAGCUGGAGCUCUCUAGCGACGAGGAGGAGGAUGAGGAAGAGCAGAAAAAGGAGGAAGGGGCGGCCGCGGCAACUGCGGAAGAGGCGCCGAAGAAAGAGGAUGAUGUGGAGGAGGAGGUGGCAGCCGGCACUGCUGCGGCGGUGGCACAAACUGGCGAAGAGACCGCUGAGGCAUAA